CGACGCAAUUUUUACAUUAGUUCAAUACAAGAUGCCAAUCUACAUACUUUUGUUGGUAGCGGCUCUAUCUGUUAGUGGUACUGUAGUAAGCCCUGAAGAUAAUUUGCGUAAAGGAAAUGUGGAAUUCACUUCAGAUUUAUACAAGGCAAUAGUAAGAACCAAAUCAGCUCAAAACUUUGUCUACUCACCAUUCACAGUACAAACGCUAUUAGCAAUGCUGGCUUCAGCUGAUAGUACUGGUAAUACUCGGUCGGUUGAGGAGAUCAGAAGGGUGGCCCAUUUGCCUCAGGACAAUCCAAGCACAGAACAGGCAUUUCAAAGCAUAAUUACCGAUAUGAACAAAUCGACCAAUGACGAUUUCAAGAUUUUCGAUGCAACUAGGUUUUAUUUUGCCAUUGGUUAUAGCGUAGAGCAAUGGUUCAAGGAUAUCGCUGAGAAGACUUUCCAAGCCGAAAUCGAAACUGUCAAUUUUGGAGAAGCUUCCACUACUGCCAGUAAAAUUAAUUCGUGGGUUGCCAAAAAAACGAAUCAAAAAAUUACUAAUUUUUUUACACAAUAUGAUAUUGCCAGCAAUACGCGAAACGUUUUAAUCAAUGCGUUAUUUGUGAUGGGCAAAUGGGAGCGCCCUUUCGAGAAAGAACAAAACGUUCGACGAAAAUUCUACGGACAAAAUGGCAACAGCGACGUUGUAAUGAUGAACAAUCUGCAAACUUUUGAAUAUUCCGAAAACGACAAAGCGAAAUAUUUGAAAAUGGAAUUGCUCAGAGACGGAGGUGGUGCGCAUGCCGUAUUCAUAUUACCUCAUGAAAGAGACGGUCUAGCUAAGCUAGAAUACCAAGUUCAAGAUUUACUGCAAACACCUUCAUUUUAUGCUGCCAAAGUCGAUGUUACUCUACCUAAAUUCAAUAUUAAUGGAGAUGUAAAACUAAAAUUUGUAUUACAAAGCUUGGGACUGAAUAAAAUCUUCCAAUCGGGCGAAUAUCUAACGGGUUUAAAGUACCCAAAUCAUCCCCUAACAAUUAUCAGCGAUAUGUACCAAAAGUCGCACAUAAAAGUAGAAGAAUGGGGCCUGACUGCUGCCUCAGUCGCUGCAGCUGAAGUUGUAGUAGAUGAUCCACCAGAUAAUAAAGUUUUCGUUGCCGAUCAUCCAUUCUUGUUUGAAGUUGUUGUCGACGAUGUUGUAGUUUAUGCUGGACGUGUAGUUAACUUAUAAUUGUUGUGA